GUCGUCACCGCCCGGGCGGGGCCUCUGCCACCGGAAGCGGCUCGGUCCCGGAGCGUCGCUUCCGGUGCUGCCGCCGCCGCCCUGCGCGAGAUGUAGCUGCCGCGCGGCGGCAGAAGGACGCGGAGGGACCUUGCAGCGGCUGCCCUCGGCCAGCAGCAGCGACGCAGCCGCCCCCAUGGCGUCCCGCAAAGCCUCCCCCGCCGGGCAGGGCACUGCGCUGGCGGCCGCCGGCCGGGACAGAGCGCACCUGGAGCUGGCCGAGCUGGGGCCGCUCCUCGAGGAGAAGGGGGACCCAGGAGCCGCCGGCUCGGCCAGCGCUGAGGACCCUCCAUGCCCAGCGGCCCAGGAGGAGGAGGAGGUGGUCCGAGUGCUGACUCUGCCCCUGCAGGCUCACCAUGCCAUGGAGAAGAUGGAAGAGUUUGUGUACAAGGUGUGGGAGGGGCGCUGGAGAGUGAUCCCCUACGAUGUGCUGCCCGACUGGCUGAAGGACAACGACUACCUCCUGCACGGGCACAGGCCCCCCAUGCCCUCCUUCAGAGCCUGCUUCAAGAGCAUCUUCCGGAUACACACCGAGACAGGCAACAUCUGGACACACCUCCUGGGUUUCGUUCUGUUCCUGUGCUUGGGCAUCCUGACCAUGCUGCGCCCCAACAUGUACUUCAUGGCUCCCCUGCAGGAGAAGGUCGUCUUCGGGAUGUUCUUCCUGGGGGCAGUGCUGUGCCUCAGCUUCUCCUGGCUCUUCCACACUGUCUACUGCCACUCCGAGAAGGUCUCCAGGACCUUUUCAAAGUUGGACUAUUCAGGAAUUGCACUGCUGAUCAUGGGGAGCUUUGUCCCGUGGCUCUACUACUCCUUCUACUGCUCCCCACAGCCACGACUCAUCUACCUCUCCAUCGUCUGUGUCUUGGGCAUCUCUGCCAUCAUCGUUGCCCAGUGGGACAGGUUUGCCACCCCCAAGCACAGGCAGACCAGAGCAGGCGUCUUCCUGGGGCUGGGGCUGAGCGGGGUGGUGCCCACCAUGCACUUCACCAUCGCCGAGGGCUUCGUGAAGGCCACCACGGUGGGGCAGAUGGGUUGGUUCUUCCUGAUGGCAGUGAUGUACAUCACGGGCGCAGGCCUCUACGCGGCGCGCAUCCCCGAGCGCUUCUUCCCCGGCAAGUUCGACAUCUGGUUCCAGUCCCAUCAGAUCUUCCACGUGCUGGUGGUGGCCGCAGCCUUCGUGCACUUCUACGGCGUGUCCAACCUGCAGGAGUUCCGCUACGGGCUGGAGGGAGGCUGCACGGACGACUCCCUGCUCUGAGGGCUCCUGGGGCCACUGCGAAGCUUCCCAAGUGCUUUUUAAACUCUUUUUGUCUUUGCUAAACUCCAGGGAGGGCUCCAGAGGGCUGGGGGGGCGCUGGGGGGGUUGCUGGCCGUUGGGUUUGUUUUUAACACACACAGAAAACCCAAACCCUUCUCUGCCCACCACAGCCCACCCCUGGCACCGGGAGGAGGCAGGUGCCCCCCACAGCCCUGGGUUGUCCUCUCCAGGCUGUUUUAGCCCACUCCAUGGCCCCCCACCCACCCUGGGCAUGCAGAGGGUGCCAGCAGGGGCUGUGGGUGCCUCACUUCGGCACCAACCCCCCCAGACCCCCUUCCUGCAGCAGCAUCAGAGCGAGGGGAGCCAAGGGGAGAGCCAGGCCUGGGCCCUGCUGCUGCUGCCCGGGGCCCAGGCACAGACUGAGGUCACUUCAGCUCUCCCUGUCCUUGGGGGUUGUUUUUGUUCUCGUUUCUCCUUGACCAAGUAAUGUAAACAGAAAGGAAGAGUAUUUAAUAUUUAAUACUAAGCUUUAAGGAGCUGCUGCCCCCCCCGGCCCUGCCUGCCUGGGGAGGGGAGGGCAGGAGGGGGAGGGCAGGAGGGGAGUUGCAGAGCUGCUGUAGCUGAGCGAAAUAAAAGGUCCUAGUUCAGUGUCA